AUGUUUGACGGCUUGCUCGGCCGAGGAUUCGCCGCGAAAUGUAAAUCGUUGAUCAAAUUGACGAAGAAUCGGAUCGAUGUGAUAAGGAGGAAGAGGAAAGCGACGGAAAAGUUUCUCAAGAAAGAUAUCGCUGAUCUGUUGGCGAAUGGAUUAGAUGUUAAUGCUUAUGGAAGGGCUGAAGGACUCACUGCAGAGUUGACAUUGACAUCUUGUUAUGAUUUUGUUGAGUGGUCCUGUGAUUUUGUGUUGAAGCACCUCUCAGUGCUGCAGAAACUGAGUGGAUGUCCUGAGGAAUGCAGGGAAUCUAUAGCGUCUCUGAUUGUUGCUGCUGCAAGAUUUUCUGAUCUACCAGAGCUACGUGACCUUCGGCAAAUAUUUCAAGAGAGAUUCGGAAACUCCCUAGAAUGUUAUGUCAAUCAAGAGUUUGCUGCAAAUUUGAAUCCAAAGUCUUUUACCUUGGAGCAGAAGGUCUGGUUGAUGCAAGAGAUUUCUUCCGAGUUUUCAAUAAAAUGGGACUCCAAAGCUUUUGAACUAAGGAUGUCAAAAUCCUCUGCUUUCGCACAGGGCUACAAUACUUAUAAGCUUGACCAUUCAGUUAAACCAUCAUUACAAGGCAAGCAUGAGGUUGUGUUAGAGAAAAGUCCUGACUAUUCUAACGAUAGACAGAAAUUUCGGAAUGGCAAGGAAGCUGCCUCCUCAAAAGGAGAUGAAAAUUAUCUACACCCCAAAUCUAAACUUGCUGAAAAAGGAUUCAAGCCAAUAAGUAAGCAUGAUGAAGUCAGUCUGCCGAGGGACAGCAAUCCAUUACCCGGAAGAGAAGAGCUUACUUCUCCGAACGGUAGCUACUGGAAGGAGGGUAGUAUGCUAAAACCAAUAGGAUCUUCUUCUCAGGAUAAGAGAGUACAACAAUUCGAAGAUGGUUCUGACUUUCAUGAUAGAAGGGGGAAUGCUGUCCGUGUGAGAGAAAGCCAGGACGCUGCCACUGCUAGGAAGUCUCCAAGUCAUGCAGGCUUUCAUUCGAAGAACAAUUUGAAUGAGCCAUUUGCUGUUAAUCAUGGUGGCCUACCUGAUCUUGAUUACUCUCAGAGAAAAGUUCAAAAGGAUGAAACUCCUAGGGUAAAGCCUUACUACAGUAAUGCUAUCCCACCACCUUAUGUAAAACCUAAUUCUAAACUCAAGACCAGCACACACAAAACUGAAUUAGCGCUUCCACAUAUUGACAAUGAUGCCAUCCCAACAAAUUCUUCAAUGCAUCAAAAGCCCGAUGCUGCUUCUACGACAGAGAGAAUCCGAUCUGGUUUGGAUAAUUCUGAACAAGAUUUGCAGGCCACUAGAAAUGCACAGCAGAGUAAACAGGGCUAUGAGAAAGAACCCUAUGUUCACGAAGAUGCUAAAGAAUUCCCUGUUUUAAAACCAAAAUCUGUGAGGCGUAAGCACUCAAAAUCACGGUCUACACACAAUGAUGCUACCAAGGAAGAUUCUGAAGUUGCAAACAAAUCAAGGAGCAGGAGACGAGACGAAUCAAGGCGUGGCCUACAAAUUUUAUUUGAUGAUGAGCAACAUAAAAAAGACGAAGAGGAAAGGGUAAUAGAUAGAUUACUGAUGCACUACAGCAAAAAGCCAUCAUCCGUCACCGGGCCUGAAAAAGCAAGAAGAAGGUCUAGAAGUCGCCAUGCACACCAAAUGGAUGAUGGACCUGAGAAGACACCGGAGAUGGCCCCUCACGCGCCUCGAUCAGUUUCCCUUCCUCAUGAACAAUCACAAGAGAUGGAAGUCAAGAAAGUGUUUACUCGAGCGGCUUCGUUUCAGCCGGAUAGAUCAAAAGAAGCUCGACAUGUGCAUCCCAAUUUACCUGAGUAUGAUGAUUUAGCUGCUAGGCUUGCGUCCUUGAGAGGAACAUAA